GUGCUCUUAGCAAUUUGUCUAAUAGUAAUCUGAGCUAACACGAAAGACUAGAAAGAAAGGAAUGGAAACACAGACAGGGGCACAAACUAGAUCUGCGCUUCACAGGGAGUCUCAGUUCAUAACCAUGUUUAUUUGCUCCAGAGUGGCUUGCCAAUGGUUAACUUCAUCAAGUAAAUUGGAGAUAGCUUGGUUGGCUGCUCUGAAUUUCAACUAAGAAACAAGAUGCAUGCUUCUGGAUGAAUUCCUACUGUAUGCUGGACAGAAGCAGUGCAGUGGGAGCUCGGCACUAUAAUCUCCAGACUCGUUCCUGUUCUGAUUGCAGGCACCUUCACGAAUAUGUUUGAGCUUGCAGGAUAAUGAAUGGUCAGGUGACAGUGUUCCUAUUUGUUGGAUGCUUUCUUUUCUACAGAGUGAGUCAUAUACCAAGCAGAUUGUUUGUACCUCACUAACCAAGUACUGUCUUCUUGCUAUAUCUAACAGAUCUAUACAGGUAAGAAUUCUAUGUUAGAAGAGGUCUUAAUUUAUAGGGUCAGGUUUAACACUAUUAUGUUUCUUUGUCAAGUUUUGUUGCUGUGUUCACUGCAUACUUAGUUUUAAUUCUAUAUCUUAGUUUAGAUUUGUUUUGGUAAUUUUAAUGUAUGUAUCUGUAAUUAUUUCAAUAUACUAACUCAAAAAGGAGCUCUGUUGUUUUACUAACUGAUUACCAAAAUCUAGUUUGAAAUAGCUGAAUUGCAUUAAAUCUGAAAUUCAGAUGUCUUUUAGAUAUUUUCAAAUUGAAGUUUCGGCCUAAUUUGUUCAAGUUAUCAAGCCAGCACAAUUCAAUGUUUAGAGAGCAAAGCCCAUUGUUUUUAACGCACAAAACAGGUAAGAGAAACUCAUAUGUUCUAAUAGACUUCCUUACCUUUGUUACCAUAGGACAUAAUAAUGAUAUUGACAGGUAUAGUCCUAUCAUUAAUCACCGUAAGCCCUGAAAGUCUUUGUACUAAUGAUUUGUCAAACCCUUGCUAUAUGAACUUUUGAAAAGAAAUAAACAAAAACUAUUAAAAAGUAUACUGACGUUUAAAAGCAGAUAAACAGAUGCAUGUUUUGUUUAUGUAUGCGUUUGCAAUAGUUGACACUGUAUAGUAUCAAAUGGCAUCCAUGACAGCAAACAUUUUUCAAAUUGAUGUGUAUGUAAAUACGUUUUGAAUGUAUUGCUAUAGUAUUUUAUAUUUUAAUGCACACAGCUUCAUCAACAUAAUACCCUUUACAUCAAUCAUCCCUUUCUUUGAUAAUCCUGUCAAGAUUAAGAGCAAUUCAGUGAUGUGUUGUAAAUAAAGAUAUACAUGUUCUUUUAGAUAAUAAUUUGAAAUGAUGCAUAAUUAAUUGUUUUAUGCACAAUCCAUUAUUUUCUGCUGUAAUUAGCAGUGGUUUAAAUUAUCAAUGUAUACCAGCAUUUCAGAAAUUAUAAGUAGUGCAAAUUCAUGGUUUUAUUUUAGUUAUAAUAGAAACUGUCGUGAUAUGCUUUAAAUAACUUGCAAUUGAUCUAAUGUAAAUUAGUCUCAUAUUUUAAAUCCAGAGUUCUUCAGAAAUAUCCUAAAACAAAAUACGUCCACCUCUUAGUUAAAGGGUAUCAAUACAAGAAAUUGCUUACUUUUUAUAUUUGUCAUGCUGCUUUAUUGUCCUUUUUAAAUGUGUUCUGUGUGUGGCAUUUUAAAUGUUAGAAGCUUAGUUAUAAAUACAGGGGUGACAAUGACUUUCAUAUGUAUAUCUUUCAGUCUCUUGUAUACUGCAGCAUUGAAAAAUAACAGGUAAGUACUCACCUGACUUAAAAGAAUGAAAACCAUUCAUGGUAACAUCAAUAUCAUUAGGAUUGUGACAAAAUAAGACACAACAAUUGCUCAGAUCUUUAUACUGUUUUUCACAUAAAAUAAUAAGUAUUACAACAAAACUCUUUUCUGUGGUACAUUUUGAUGAUAUAUAUGAAUGUAUGUUUCUGCUAAGUGCUUUUUAGUGUAGCCUUUGCAAGCACUAUAAAACAGGAGCAUGUCAUUUUUGGUACAUAGCAGGGUUAAUUUUAAAGUGAAAAUAACAUAUGGUUAGUGAUUACAACAUCUGAUCAAUUAUCUUCAAAACACAUACUUGUUUAAAAACACGGUAUACAUUAUGUAUACAUCCUGUAUACACUAUGGAAAUGUGUAUAAUUCUCCACCUUUUGGGUCAAAUGAAUAUAUGUCCUAGAGAAUGCUUUGGUUACUAUACAUACACACCAUGACAGCAUUUCACUGAUAGCAUAUUACAAAUUUGCCUAAAUAGUUAUUGUAACUGACUACAACCACAUUCUAAUUUCUAUUUGCUUGGGAUACAUUACAUUGCAGCUGAUAAUGAGUACAAUGCAAAUUUUGUUUGUGUAAUGUGCAGCUGUUGUGAAUUUGUGUUUGCCCUAGCUUUGGGUGAUUUCCUCAUUCUCCUGUUAUAUUUAACAUACAUACACAAUCUGAGAAUUAAGGAUUUAGAUAGGAUUAAACUUUGCUAACAUAAUUUAGUAGCCUCUAAUUUUAAGACUGAUUUCAUCAUCAAUGUAGAGUGUUGAUUCUGGUUCAAGAACAUACGCUAAAGCCAGUCAGAAAAAAGAAUGGUUUAUGAAUCAUUGACAAAACCGUUUAAAACAUACAACAAUUAUGUAAAAACUUAAAAAUUAAUAAAAUAUUGUCUAGUGAGUCUCUUAUGGUUAUGAGAUUGUAUACUCUGCAAUUUGAUCAGUAUUUUGACUUAAAAACAUACAAGUAAUAAUUAUUUAUUUUAUCUUUAAUACUAAUAAUUUCUUUCAUACUUUAAAUGUGUAUGUUUGGGGCAGCAGAUAAGGUCUGUGACCUUGUUUGUGUGUUUUAUGUUUUCUUCUUGUUAAAGUACGAUCUACAUCUGGUUUGGAUGAACACACAAUGUUACCUGCUCUUGAAAAAUCUGUUUUAUAUUAUUGGUUUAAGAAUUAUAGACUUUUUUAAUUAACUAUCUUGUAAUACUGAGACAUUGUUACAUAGCACACUAAAAUUGCAUUUGGUAUAGUCCAUGUCAGUAAUAAUAUUAGAACAGAUAUUGUUUUGAAGGAUAUUCAUGUUUAUUUUUAUCAGUUGGUUUUUGAUGUUUGAUAGAACACUGGAUUAAAGAUAGAGUGCAGAGGGAAGUUGCAAAUCGGACAUUUUCAAAUUGGACAAAAUUAGUUAGUGGAGUACCUCAGAGUUCUGUCCUGGGUCCACUUAUCUUUAAUUUGUUUAUAAACGAACUUGAAGAGAGUUUUCAAACUCAUGUGUUUGCAGAUUACACAAAUUUAGUAAGAUCAUAGAGUUUGAACAUGAUAUAACUUUUCUACAGAGAGAUUUGGAUAAAUUGAGAGACUGUUCAGGCAAGUGGCAGGUGAGUCAUGCACUUUGGAUUAAAGAACCCAGAACCCACUUACACAUUAAAUGGGGUUGAGUUAGGGAUAACAUCAAAUGAGCUGGCAAUAAUUAUAGAGCCAACUCAAGACAUUGUCCUGUCUGGGUCCAAAGAUGAAAUGCUGCCCUUGCCUCACCAAAACCACACCCACCAAAAUAUGUCCACAUCCAUUAUUAUGUGCAUUAGUGCGUGAUAUUUGGAUAGCUGUGAGAGAUGCAUGUGGCAUUGUUGCUAGUAAUGUGUGUAAGUAGUUGUGACUAUGAGUUACUGUAAGGGAUGUUUGUUGCUGUCUAUUGGUAACUGUGAGUGAGGUAUGUGGCUAUUUGUGGGUAUCUAUCUGAGCUAGACUGGGAGAAGAAACAUGCGAAACAGCCCACUUUCAGAUUUUACAAAAGCAACUUUAUUUUUUUUACAUAUUUAUAAAUAAUUAGACUUCAUUAACUCACACAAGUACAAACAUCUAGAGCAGGGGUAGGCAACCUACGGUACUAGUGCCAUACACGGCACUCGAGGUGCCUUUGCACGGCACUCAAGGCUACUAGAACCAAGCUCUGGCCUAUUAGGAGUCCCAGUAAAACUUCAGAUAUCUGCUAAUACGAAGAGGGACAAUCCUCAAUUUACUUCAGAUAUAUGCUAAUACGAAGAAGGACAAUCCUCAAUUUAUGCAUUGCAGCACGUAGAGGAAGUGAUCUCAGAGCACUUCAUUCCAACACUUGUGAAUGGGAAUCCACACAGUAUUAGAGCAGCUCGCAGUUGUUGCAGCUCCUGUCCUUGACCUGUACCUGGCUGGCCAGGUCCCCACUGGAACCCAGGGAAGCCACCCACACUGCUUGAUAUAAACAGAAAUGCAGAAUAACCCUCCCCGCAUACAAAUAAUAUGGACAGCCCACACACAAACAUGCACACAAUCCGCACAAACUGAACACCACUGACAAUCCACAUACACGCACACAACCCCACAUGCAGCCUCUCACAUGCAAUACCCCAAACAGCCCCCACACACUACCAAACACACAAUGUGACAUAUCCAUCCACACACACAAUUCCACAAACAGCCCCCAUACACAGCCCACAUUCAUAUGUAUCCUACACAAUACCAUAAACUACUCAUGAACAUAUACAAUAUAAUAGCUCAUAUAUGCACAAAUACAACGAUGCAAAGCAAUUACAGUAAAAAUAACACAAGCAGAAUACAGCAGCAUACACGCCUCAAUUUUAAAAAAAUAGGACCGGCACGCUACGGGACAUCACAAUCCUAUAUCGGCACAGUGCUGCUAAAAGGUUGCCUACCCCUGAUCUAGAGACUGCAAUCAGUUACAUAAGUAUGCAUUUGCAGAUGCAUACAGACACACCUCAUGUAUGCACAGAUGCAUCAUUCAUACUCGCAGAUGCGCACAGAUACAUAAUUACAGUCUCACACUCACGAAUAUCUACAUCAAGCCACAUACAUAUACUUGCAGAAACAUAAAUAUACAGAACAGUCAGCACAUCUGUGCGCAUCUGCGAGUAUGAAUGAUGCAUCUGUGCAUACAUGAGGUGUGUCUGUGUGCAUCUGCAAAUGCAUACUUAUGUAACUGAUUGCAGUCUCUAGAUCAGGGGUAGGCAACCUUUUAGCAGCACUGUGCCGAUAUAGGAUUGUGAUGUCCCGUAGCGUGCCGGUCCUAUUUCUUUUAAAUUGAGGUGUGUACAAAAACAUAAAGAUAAUCUCUCAAAUACACACGCACAGAUACAUAAUCUGUCAUACAUGCAGAUACUUACACAAAUACAUGUAUGAAUAAGACAGAGAGUUGACAGUUACACUUUUCCUUUACUUUACAAUCAGAGAUGAAAAUUUGCUUCCAAACCUCAUCCUGUGUAGCUAUUUCCUACCCCACGUAGUUAACCGAAGCCCACCUCCAAGACCAGCACUUUGCUGCACUUUGCUGGACUGAGGUCACAGACUCAUGGCAGUAAACAAUGUUUUUUAAAUACCAUGAGCCCACUUGGCAAUUGAUUGAAGAGCACAGAGCUAGUCAGGGAGAUCUUUUGACAUCCCUCUCUGCUCUAGUGCUCCUCAUACAGAAUUUUUACCUUCGUAACCCACAAUUUAAAAGGAAAGUAAGUAUACAGCAAAAGGAUGAAGAUUGAAGAAAAGACAGAUUUGUGUUACAAUAAUGCUUACCACUGUAAGCUCUGGUCCAAAGGCUGCCUGGUGAUGGUGAAGCUUCACAUGCAGAUCCCUCGCGCUUCUGUGCACAAAAAACAGAGAAGCCCGCCAUUCUAAAAAUAAUACUUCCUGGAAUCCUGUCAUGUAGAAGACAGAAGGAGACCAACAAGUUUUUACUAUAUACUAAUAACUUGGUGAUUGGGGCCCAGGCCCCUUACACAUUGAUUGCUUGUGGAGUAAAAGUCCUACAUUCAGUCUGCAGACAAGCAGAUAAACCCUUGCUGCUAACUAGUUAACAUGUGCAAGGGGUGGAAAAAUACUGCCCAAGUCAAAGUGGCACCUGUGGCCAUCAUGAGCCAUGCAUUCUGUCUCAGGAAAGGGUGAAUGUGAACUAAAUCUAAAAUAUGUUGGUAGCAAGAUUUAGAGAUUUGAUGUGAUAGGUUAUAAAGAAAGGGCUGCCAAUAUUAACACAAGGCACUUGUGGUGUUAGACUGAUGGUUACACCCUUGAGUGUGAGCUGAUAUGUUGGAUGGUGUAUUGGAAAGAAGAGGCUAAAGAAGUAUUACAAUCUUGGAAAUUUUGAGUGUUAAGUAAUGGGCAGAAAGGCAGGUAGAGACUGAUGAAAAAGGUGAAUUUAAUGAUGUGAUUCAUAUUUUUUGGUAUAAGUGAAACUGAAUUCUAAAAUAUAUCAUUGUAUUGUCAAAAGCUGGAGCCUUGUAGCAUGUCAGUGAAUUAACACAUUUAAUUUAGGGCACAAUAUAAUCUGGUCAGCUUGGUUGUUUUUUGCUAAUAAGACAGUGAUUAGUUUUUUUUCUUAUAGUAAAAUUGUUGAAGGUAAACCAUUUAUUAUUUUGAAACUGUUUCCAAUUCUGGUAGUGAAUCACACUCGUCCAACUUUAUUGCAGCUUUAAACAUGAAGGGAGCUAUAGGUAAAAUCCUGUAACCAAAAUAUGAAUUUAAAGAAUUUUAGGUGAUAAAUACUAUAUUUGAAUCAAUUCAAGGUGGCUAAUAAUCAUGUAAAUAUAAAAACAUAUUUACAGGGUUGGAAUGAAGGUAUCUUUAUUUCAGCUGUCUUACAGCACACAUUAGGCUGAUUGACUGGUAAAUAACUUCAGUUUGCCAAUUGUAACCAUUCACUCAUGUAAACAACACAUAACUAGACAAUCAUAAAUACAUACAUCACAUGUUGACAUACACAAACACACACCACAUACUUGUAAUUAAUAUAUUCCCGAUCUCUUUAUGCUUCUCUUUUCACUUCUUCCAGGGGUCAAUAGAGAAGUUGACAGAAUCUGAAGAUUCAGGAGUCUAAUCAAAGAAUUUUAAGGGUGUUUAUACUUCAUGAUUUCACAGAGACAGCUUCAGGGCUUCCACAGGCCAUACUUUCUCAAAGCACUGGAAGGAUGUACUGUCAUAUGUGAUAAACUUGUGAUUUGGCCAAACUGGUUUUCAAUACUUUUACUAUAGUCAUAGAAUAAAUAUGUCAGUCAAGGGGUUUAGAAAGUCACCUUCAGACUGGAAUUUCAGUGUGUGAAUUGGUGUAUAAAACAAUGCUUUCACAUUAAAUUUCAGUCAUAACAAGGUUUCAUAGUCAAAUAUGUUUAAAUGGAAAAGUUGCUUUGAUAGGUAAGCGUGCGUAUACAGGAAGACGAAAAGCAUUCAGUGCAUUCUUUACCUGACAUUUGAAUUUUUUGCCUUGGGUAUAGUGGGUAUUAUGUAAUUUUCUAAAGUUCACAGGGUGUGUCACAAACUAUAGAAUGCAUGUUUUUAGUUUCAAAGCAAAUUGUCUAAUUCCACUGACCCUGCAAUUAAUUUGUUCACAGUGAUCCUUUGUGUACUUUGGUGAUUAAAUUGUUGAUACAUAUUAUACUUGUAAAAGUGUUAUUUCACAUAUGCGUGGCAGGUUUCUUCAGUUGAAGGAUUUCUGGAUGUUUAAUCACUCAGUAAAGGAAAUUACUUAGACAAUUGCUCUGUUAAAGUGCACAGAAAUCAGCAUAAAUGAUGUGAAAUUGAACACUUUGUAGUCUUAUGUUCAGGAAUAAUAAGAGACAUUACUAAGUAGUGAGUCUUAAAGCAUUGCUUCUCAAACAAGUUUUAAAAAGAACACUCAAAACAAUGUUUACUAUGCCAGGAGAACACUGACAUCACAACUCAGUGUAAGUAGUCAAACCGUUUUAGAAUUGGUUUGACUUAUUACCUUGGGUCUGCUGCACCUUGCUUCCUGACACCGUUGCAGUUUACAGGAGAGCUGAGCUAAGUCCGGCACUGCUGUCUGACACAUUGAGUGUGAUCAGCUGAUGCUCUCAGUCAAUGAGCUAGCUCUGCAGUGCAGGGCCUAGUUUAGGAGAGCUACUGGAAGCUCCUUAAAAAGAUCAGCUAGCAUUCCUGUAUGUUGAGAGGAGGUGGGAAACAGCGCCAUAUAGACCCCAGGUAAGAACUUGAUGCAUUUUAAAGUGCAUUAGGAAACAGUUGGUGCCCUUGAUGCUACAGCACAGUGUAGUGGUUAUGGUUGUUGAAGUGUUCCUUUAAGUACGAACUGUGGGUUAGGAUUCUGAGAUUAGCCAACUCUGUUUCAUAGAAUAAACCGAUAAAAUAUGCUUCUAGACAGUUAUUUUAUUCCUAGAAAUAAAACUAUAACAAACCAAAAAGAAAAUCAUGUGUGAUGCUUUUCACUGCCAUUCAGUAAAACCUGUCAAGAUAGAACCAAAAAGAUUUUGGCUCAACUAAAUGAAUUCCAGUCAUGAAACAUCCAUUCAUGAACUAAUAAAAUGCAAAUCAUUCCAAUAGUGAACACACUUCUAAGUAACUGAAUGUAACAAUAAAAAUGAACAGGUUUUAUCCUUUGUGUCAGAUCCAGCUAGAACUGAAAAUCACCUCUCAGAAUUUUGUCUAGCACGCUUUUGUCUUGUUUAUAGUAUUCUAAAUAAUUUCUAAAGCUAUGCGGGAAGCAGUUAACCUGGGUCUAAAAUAAACCAUAUCUGUUUAAGAAAAUGGCUUGACUGAUCCAUUAACAGGAAUCAUAGACAAAUUAAAUUGAUAUGUAUUAAUAUGUGGUGGACUGGUAACUGAAUUGUAAAAAUCAGGGUAAAAGAGGACAAAUAUGACAAAAGCAGAGGAGACAUUUAACCAAAUAAGCAUUUUUGACAACAUUUUUUUAAUUCCUUUUUGAAUAACCUCCAUGGUUUUGUGACACUUAAAUUAUGCUUUUGAUUCAAGCAAAGCAUGUUUGAAAUGCCUAGCUUAUAGACAUUUUUGCACACCGGUAAUCAAUGUUAUUCACUAAACCCUGAACUGUUAAAGUUUUGCCAGGGAAUUGCUAAUUGUGGCCAAAAUAACUGAAUAUAUAUUGACUAUAUAUUUUCCAGUUCACUUGUUUAGCUUAAAUGUUUUAAUUCACUACCAGUUCACAGUUUAUUGAAUAUCACAGAAUUUGUUUGUGCUUGUUUUUGAAGCUAAGGUAAUCUGAAAGUUAAGUGGUCAUGGAAGGCUUAUUAUAGGUGACACUUAAAUAAACACACUGAGACAAGUCAAAAUAAGCAUGUAAAUGUUAUGGGAUGUAGUAGUUCUUUGUUUUACUGCUUAGAGAAGUUCAGUAAGCAGGUGACAACAGCUGCGGGAAAAGAAAAAAAAAGAGAGAGGAUAAUUCUUACUGUCUCUUUUCAGAAAACAGCUUGUAUUCGUGGUUGCUGAUCAGAUCAUGGUCGCUGCAUGCUCAAAGAAAAAACAUAUUUUUUUCUGCUGAAAUGCAAAACUUUGUCAGCAACAGUAAAAAUAUGUAGCAUAAUUUUUCUAUUAUUAGGGCUGGAUAUCCUCCAAGGCAGUUUCUGUUUUUGCUAACUGAUCAUUUAAUUGUAGUAUCUAAAUAGGUCUGUAACAGGGCAGGGUGGAUUUUGAAUGACCUAUUGUGAAUGCAUUUUUUGGCUUGUGCAGACAUGCAUGCUAGUAAAUAAAAUAACCUUAUUGUAUGUAACAUGCUAAUAACAGUACUACAAAGAUUAAGGGCCACUCUGCCCAUGCACAAAUGCUAUAUACUUUGGAUAUAACAUUAAGGGUUUCCUGUAAUUUAAGAAUAUUAUUAAAAAUACUGAUUAUUUUAUAGAAUCUUCACAUUCUAAUGGUAUGCAUUUUUUGCCAUGCAGUAUAUAUGUGUUUUAUUUCUAAAGUUAUAAAGGUUAUCUGUUAAACUCUGAAUGUGCCCCCAUGUAGCAUAAUUAAGAAUUAUACACCUCCUAAAUUCCCAGUUUAGGAGAGACAGUCCAUAUGUUUUGCCAAAAUCCCCCUGUUCCUCUUUCCAUCCUACUGUCUAUCUUUCUAGGAAUUCCAUUUUGUUGAUAUUUGAGUGUAUACCAGUGCUCCACAGCAUUAAAAGACCACUUAACACCCCAAAACACUCAGACAAGCUCCUCCAGACCUCAGGCAAUGUGCAAGUGCAGGCUUGCAUGAGCAUACGCAGAGAUCUUUGGUUAGUUAUGUCCCUGUGAAGAGAUUGAAAGUCUCUUCCGUGAAAAAAAGGUGAGGGCUUGCUAAGGCUGCAGUUCUUAAGAUCUUCAGCCUUUGCAAACUCUUUUAAGAUAUACCCCCAAUUAAUACAUACAUGAGAAAUUAAUGCAUGCAUUUGUUGGGGUUAUAUCUACUAAACAGUGAUUUUCUUGUUUUGCCCAUUUGGGAAGUGGAAUGUUCAUUUAAUGCACACAGCAAUGUGUUUGUUAACUGUAACAAAUGUGUUUAUAAAUCAGUCUGCUAAAAUAUAAUUUGUUCUUGUUCUAAAUUCAAUUUUAGUUGCAUAAAUUGUUCUUAGUAAAUCACAUACAAUUUCUCAGAACAGCCCUGCCACUGCUCACACCCUUAACUACACCCCUAAAAUUUAAAUAUCCCCCUAUAUCCAUCUGAAGGCUCUAAUUCAUAUUCACAAUAUAAUUAUAUAUAUAUAUAUAUAUAUAUAUAUAUAUAUAUAUAUAUAUAUAUAGUCAGAGCUUGUCAUACAUUUUAAAAAUCAUGACUAAUGGCCCAUGGAAAACUAAAAAUAAAGCAGGACAAGGUUGACACCAAUACUCACAUAAAGUCAAAAUGCAACAUGGAUUCUUAAGUCAAUUUACAUUUGCCAAAAAGUCAGAAGAUUUCCGAAUUCCAUGCAAAGUAUAUGGUAAGCAUCCUUGAAAAUUCCUGCAAAGGAUAAUCUUAAAACGUCUUAACAAAUCACCUAUCUUUAGGAUAGGAUUUAUACUAACAUUUAAAGUAGGAUUUGAGCCUCUGGCUAGAAAGAGCUAUAACCCUUAGGCUGGAGUAGUUGUUAGUACGAUUAACCUGCAUUUAGUAAAUGCACAUUCUAAAGAAAUACUUGUCUAAUAAAUGGAUUAAUAAGCCCUUCUUUCUGUUUGACUAAAUAAAGUCAUGAUGAUAAUUGUGUCAUGAGUCAAGAAAUGUAUUAUUUUACCACCUGUCCUCAGGAAAGAAGGGGAGGUCAUGGAUGCAUGGUAUAAAAGAAAGCGGACAUGAGGACAGCUUGCCAGUGAAAUAAUAGAUCAACACUAAUCAGUUAAACUGCUAUGUAACUUAACCUGAAGAAAUACUUAGACAUUGGAAAGGAAAUAGACAUUAAAACAGAUGUGUUGCAUGCUUAAUUUUUUUUAUUUUUUUUUAAAACUCAUACACCUUGGAAAUCAUUGACAUGAUUGAUUGCAAUCUUAGAAUACAUUUAGAAUAAGGAAACAUUUCUUCUACAUUAAUGGUGGUGGUAUCUAGUGUCUAUAAUCACAUCUUGGCUGUUUAAGUCACCAAUGAAAAUCAUGAAUUACCUAUUUUUCUUGUGUGUAUAUUUUAUACUAGUAAAAAGUAUGCCCCUAUUCUGCAGCCAUAAACAUGUGUAUUCUAACAUUAUUUGCAGGGCCCUUGGUGCCGUGUAACCUAUAAAGCUGUCAAUUACUCCUACAGCUGUAUGAAACUUAGAAGCAGUCAUGUUCUCCCUGCAGGUCUCUUCAUUUUGUUGGCAUGGCACUGGCACUUUGUGUGAGAUGAGAGGAUGGUUUAGGACAGGGCUGUCCAACCUGCAGCCCCCCAGAUGUUGCUGAACUACAACUCCCAUGAUUCCCUGGCUAUCUGUUUCAUUGAAAGAAUCAUGGGAGUUGUAGUUCAGCAACAUCUGGGGGGCCGCAGGUUGGACAUGCCUGGCUUAGGAUGUAACAUCAAAUUCAUGCUUUCUCUCCACAUGCAGCAUGCUCCAGCUACAUAUAUAAUUGAUUGGGAGAUAGAGCAUCUCCAAGUGCAGAGAGAAGCUAAAAGUGGAUUGUAGACAAACACAAGGGUAGUGAAAAGGCAGCGACAUUAGGGGCUGAGAUGGGCCAGAUGCACAGGUAAGUGAGGAAGAGACAUGUUGGGCUGAAAUGGAACAAAUACACAUGUGGAGAAAUAGAGGGAAACAUUGAGGGUGAGGUGGGGCAAAUACACAUGAGGGGUGACAGGUAGACACAUUGGGGGUAAGAAACAUGUAGAGUGUUAUCAGAGGAAAUGCGGUUGAAAGGAAGAAACUCAAGUAAAAGAUCUAGGUUACAAACAUGCAGGAAUGAUACGACAGAUAUAUCCGUGUGAUAAGGCAGGUCACUGGACUAUACCCUAAUAUUCAGAAUCUAGGAUAACAAUAACCGACUAGAUAUAAACACGUAUUAACGCAUCUUAGAGUAUCUGGGCUUAACAUAAAUUGGAGAAAUUGUGGUAAAACACAAGCCAAGGGCAGGAUAACAGAAAGACAAAAUAAACAAAUAACUAGCUGGACUUAGUAAAUAGUAAUAAAAGGACAUAUUUACUAAUCAGGUUAAGGUUACAGAAAUGCUCAGAGUCAAGACCUAGUGAAGGUCAAAAACAGACAGAAACAAGAAAUGCACUUAGUGGAUAUUAGGAACAGAAAGCGUGCUAGGGCCCAGUAAAUGGGGCCAAAGAAGUUUAUAUAGUGUUAGGUGUGAUUUGAUUAGUCCCUUUCAUACCUGUAGAAUGUGAUGUGGCAUUCACUCUGAGCCUUUAAAAAUACACUCUGAAUGUGAGCAGCAUUCUUCUUCCUGGAAUUUGUUCUGUGUGAAUGGCUUAACCUUUCAGCGAACACGGCUCAUAAGGGGAUAUCUGAUUGUUGCGCUUACCAGGUAAGUAACAUUACAGGCAAGGAAACAAGUGUUGAUAUGGGAAGGACAAAUGGAAGGUGAGACAGAUGCAUUGCUGGUUAAAAUAAAGAAAAGAGGGGAGAGAUAUGAAGAAGUAUGGGACUAAGGAGAAGCAACACAGGUGGGUGAGGUAAGGAUAGAAGUGGCAGGAGAUGGAGAAAGAUAUACCUACCCACUCUCUAGAAAUUAAUUCCCUGGUUGUCCAUGGUGCAGCCUCUCUCCCUCGUGAUUCCAGUGCUGUGUGUGGGAGUCAAAGAGCAGAAGCCAGUUUGCAAGGUCAUUGAUCCCAGUGUGCACCUGCCUCCUGCACUUGAAAGGUAAAAUACAGGGCACUCAGAUUAGUCUUGGGUGAAAAAAUGUCUAUUCCUAUCACUGAUAAUAUGUAUGGUGUAUGAGUUUAUUACAGAGUAUAAACAACACAUACUUUUUUUCUGUAAACCACAAUACAAUCUGGCUAUGACCCUCCCAAGCUCAAUCUCUACCACCACAGAUAUUACAUGGAUCAGUCAGAGGGGUUGGAUUUACAAAUCAAAGAAUGACAUUCUGAUUUAUACACUAUGUUGUCUUACAAUUAUGUGCCACUUUAACUGUUCAUUGCAUUCUCCACACUAUGCCUAUUCUGAGCACCUGUAAGGUAAUCAGGCAACAGUGUAUGCUCUCCUACUUAUCUUCCAUAGUUAUAUAGGCUGAAAAGAGACUUACGCUCAUCACUUUUUCUGUUACCUUCAUUGCACUGUCAUUGGCAUGUUGACCUUACUUUUCAGCAGAAGCCGUAUGUCAAUUAUCUGAGCCUGGGAUAUUUGUUUUUACUAGUUUGCAAUCUCCUGUUAUCUGUAAUAUAUGUUUGCAUUGCACAGUAUAGAAAAAUGUAUUUAUCAGUGUAGAUGGUUUCUCUACAAUGAAUCUGAUCAAAGAAAAUGUGAUAUCAAAACAUCUCUCAGAUUUAUACAUUAUUGCCCUAUGUUGAGACUUCCAGGGAUUUACAUUAUAUUGCUAAUUAAAACUGAAACAUCAUUCUAUAUGUAACCAGAGUUAGAUAAUGGAAAAUAAAAAUGCUGUAUUUUUAGAGCCCUACUGUUAAGGAUAUAUAGUUGGAAUAAUUUCAUGCAGCUAUAGUUAAUUUUUAUUUUUUUGUUGUUAAUGAAUAAUUUACAAUGAUGUUGCAUUGACUGGCUCUUCAACUAGCUUGAAGAAAAAUACUGUGGCUAUGCACUAAAAAUAAAAGUUGGUUCCUUUAUCAAUUGAUGGGCUUUCUAUAAGCAGGCUAUGACUAGAAACAUUACGGAAUUCCUAAACAAGGUCUCAUUUUAAGUGAAAUUGUAAUACCAAACAAAUAAAGUUGGGAACAUUCCAGAUUUAAUUUUGGUUGGUAGUGGUACAGAUGUCCUGAAAUGACAAACCACCCAUUGUACGGUGCUAUGGAUUCUGAUGGCGCUAUAUAAAUAAUAAAAUAAUAAUAAUAAUGUAUAUUAUGCCGGAAUAGGGAUUCUAUAAAAUAUGGAUUCAUAGGGUAGUAAGGUGUCAACAAACCUAUGCUGUCAAGCAUGGUGAAUUUAUUUCAAUAGAAUAGUGAAGCAGGUAAUUUUACAAGAUGAUACCAGUUAAUUUAACAAUUUUUUGUAGAAGGAGCACAGUGUUUUAUAGACUGAAUCAGCCAUCUAAAAAUAUUACAUUACCAUGACAAAAUAAUACAUAAAAGGUUAAUUACAAGUGUGCUUUAAAGUGAGAAAAUAAUGUGAAAAACAAGUUGGCUACAAGGCCUGUCUUCUAAAACCUUAGGUACAUGCCUAUCUGCCAGGGAUGGGAUAUAUAUUUAAGAUUACGUAUAUGUAAGAUGAUACACAAAAAGUACCUUUUAAUUAAAUGUAUUUACAUUGUUUGGUAUUUGACCAAUUUUUUUUUUUUUUUAGACAGUACCCACCUGUGUAUUCUACUGCAAUUCCUGCAUCUCAGGCCUUGGUACAUUAGUCAUCAUCAAUAUUUUUUUUUCCUUUCUAAUCAAUCCACAUAUCUUAUUAUACUCUAUUAAACAUUGAUUUACCAAGAGAAAAAAUAAACACAAAUACACUACAAACACAAAGAUGGUGACAGUUCCCUCUCUUAUAGUCCUCUAUAAUAUUCCUAUAUUAAUAAUUGAGUUAGCUUUGUUGUUGCUUUUACUUUAUUCUCCCUUUCUUUCCUAAUUUAUUUCCUAAUUUAAGCUGCUACAGCAGGCUUAUUUAGCCAUUUUUCUAUAUCAACAAUCUUUUUUUUCUUCAGAUUUCUAUUUACACCUUUUUAAUUGUAGGAUUAGCUGUUUUUUUACAAUUUCUCAGUUUGGUAAUAUCUUAGUUCUCCAUCUUCUCCAUCUUCUAGAUAUUGAGAUCUUUGCUGCUAUUAGAGCAUGGGUGAAGAAAUAUUGCAGAUCCAAAUUGUAUUGGCUAAAGUUUAGGUGCAAUAUAAACAUUUCAGGAGAGAAGGGGAAUUUAGUUCCAGUUAGUCCUUGAAUUUUACUUAGAAACAAUUUCCAAAAUUCUUCCAUCAGGGGACAGCUCCACCAAAUGUGUCCCGAAUCUCCUACCUCUUUGUCACACCUCCAGCAUAUGUCUGAUAUGUUCUGAUCUAUUUUAUUCAGGCGGCUAGGGACCAGAUAGAGUCUGUUUAUUAUCUUAAAAUGCAACUCCACUAAGUUUAAACAUUUAAUGUGCUUAGCCAUGCUUUUUUCCCACUCUUUUUUAAUUAAUCCUUAUAUAAUAGUAUUUUUCACUUUCUGGAAGAGCAAAUUUAGUACAUAUUUGUUCAUAUGUUUUGAGAUUUGAUCAUGUCAUUAAAUCUUCUAUAGUUUGUAUACCUGCUUUGCUCCAAUUCUUUAAAUUUAGAUCCUCCAUGUUAUUUUUCAAUAUUAAGAUCAGUAAAGUAUUGAUGAUACAAUUUUUGAGUCCCAGAUUUUUCCUUAUCUUACUCCAUAAUUCUCUAAUAUCUUGUAACACCAUGCUUUCAGAACUUGGUUGACUAUUAUCAGUAUUCCUUUUUUGAGUGAACCAAAAGAAAGUUAACAGAUCUUUAUUGUUAGACAUUUCUUUUUCUACUGCAUACCAUCUUUCUAGUUUAGACUCUGUCUGUUGUGAAAUAAUACAGUGAAAAAGAAUACUCGCUUGGUAAUACUGUUGUAUUAUUGGAAGUCCUACUCCUCCAUGGACUUGAUUUAUCACUAAAAAUGUUUUUGCCAUUCUUGGUUUCUUUGCUUGCCAUUUGAAUUUGGAGAAGGAUUGUUGGAUCAUUAACAGCCAACUAUCAGGUACUCUUAAAGGGAUCAUUCUAAACAAAUACAACCCUUUGGUAGGAUAUAAGAUUCAAUUAUAUUUAUACGGCCCCACCAUGAAAAUUCCAGAGCGUUUUUUUAAGCGUUUAUUCAUUUUAAGAAGUAAUGGAAGAAAAUUGAUCUCAACUAUUUUUUGUGGAUCCACACAAAUAUUUAUUCCCAGAUAAUUAAAUGAUUUCUCAAAAUCAAACCUCUUUCUUAUAUCUUUCUUUUCUUCAAUAUUUACAUUACUAGCUAAGAUAGUUGAUUUGUCUAUAUUUACUUUAUAACCUGAAACCUGUGAGAUUUUUUUUACAAUUGUCAUAAGAUGUGUUAUUGAUUGUAGAGGGUUUUCUAUAGUUAUAAUCACAUCAUCGGCGUAUAUUAUUAUUAUUAUUAUGAUAUUUAUAGAGCGCCGUCAAAUUACGUAGUGCUUUACAAUGGGUGGACGAACAGACAUGUAGUUGUAACCAGACAAGUGAAUGGGAAUAGAGGGGUUGAGGGCCCUGCUCAAUGAGCUUACAUGCUAGAGGGAGUGGGGUAAAAUGACACAAAAAGGUAUAGGUUUAUUUUUAUAUUUUCUUUCUUAUGGUCAAAACCUGAAAUUUUCUCUUCUUGUCUAAUGGCUAAUGCCAGAAGUUCUAAAGAUAUUAUGUAAAGUAGCUGGGAUAGGGGACACCUCUGUCUUGUUCCAUUGCACAAUGGGAACCACUCUGAUCUAAUGUCCUUUCCCAUAAUUCUUGCUGUUGGUACAAUGUAUAGAGCCGAGAUAUUCUCAAAGUCUUCCCUCCAGUCCAAAUGCUUGUAGUGAUUGCCUCAUGAACUCCCAGUUGACCCUGUCGAAUGCUUUCUCUGCAUCCAAUGACAGGGUCAACAUGGGAGCUCCCAUCUUCUGUACGGAGUUCAGAAUGUCAACUAGUCUUCUGAUAUUAUGUGUUGAUGACCUACCUGGCACAAACCCAACUUGAUUUCUAUUAAUCACCUCUGGUAUGAUUUUUUUUUAAGCGUUCUGCUAUCGUGGCCAAGUACAGUUUAAUAUCAGUAUUUAAAAGAGAGACUGGACGAUAGUUCUUUAUUUUCUCUACAUCCUUUUCUUGCUUAGGGAUUGGUUCUAUAUUUGCUUGCAGCAAUUCUGCCGGAAUGCUAUUAGGUGUUCCGAAAGAAUUGAAGACUUCACUUAAAUCCAUUUUGAUAUUAUCUCUUAGUAAUUUAUAGAAGAGGUUGUCAAAUCCGUCUGGCCCUGGGGAUUUAUUCUUUUUUAAUUUGUUAAUGCAAAAGAUCAGUUCUUCUUCUUGAAAUACUUUAUUCAGCGCCUGUAAUUGUGUAUGCGUAAUUUUGGGACUAUUAGUGUUCCCAAGGAAUUCACUGAUAUUCGUCUUUUUAAUUGGAUGCUGGAUAUUAUAUAAUUCCUGAUAAUAAUUCUUGAAGGAUUCUGCUAUUUUUUCUGGCCUCAGUAGAGUCUCCCCCUUAUGGAUGAUUUUAGUAAUGACUCUUUUCGAUUUUUCUUUUUUCAGUCUAUUCGUCAUUAAUGCUUCCGCUCUAUUUCCGGUAUAGUACCAUUUCUGCUUAAAGUAGAUCAGAGCUUUAUUAGCCUUUGCCAUUAGAUGUUCAUUUAUUAAUUUUUCAAUUUCUAUUAUUGAAUUAGUGAUACUGCUUGAUGGAUUAUUUUUAUUUUGGUCAAGUAAGUUAUCUAACUUUAUAUACAGCUCUGCUAAAUUCGCUUUUUUUUAAUUUCAUUUACUUUCUUUAGCUGAUAAACUUAUAAAAAGGCCUCUUAUUACUGAUUUAUAUGCACACCAGGUCAUUGCUGGAGAGACUUCAUUAGUUCUAUUUUCUUUAAAAAAAUUAUCUGUUAUUUCUUUAAUUUGUUUAAGAUUGUCUUUGUCUUUAUUUUUCAGUAUCCAGUCUUUCAUUCUCCAGUCUGAUCUUGUUCUUUGAUAUUUAUGAUCUGACCAGGUAGUAGCUGUUAUAAAACCCUUUUUAAUUUGACUCGCUAAGUUUCUGUCCCCCAGAAUCAGAUCAAUUCUAGAAUAUGAACAGAAGGUUUUGGAGAAGCAAGAGAAAUAUUUUUCUUUCGUGUGGAAUAUCCUCCAAUAAUCCAGUAACUCAGCUUGUUUGAUCAAUUCUAAAAUUUUUUUGCAUUCACCUUCAGGUUUUUAUAAUUAAUUCCUUUUAUUUUAGAGCUCCUAUCAAGCUCUACAUCGAAAACACAGUUGAAGUCUCCCAUAACGAUAACUCGGCCUAUUUUAUUACGUUCAAUUUUAUUAAGCACUUUUUUAAUAAAUGUAAUUUGUGAUUGAUUUGGCGCGUAUAUAUUAACUAACAUAUAUUUUUGGUUAUUAAUUUCUGCUACCAAAAUAAUAUAUCUGCCUUCUAUAUCUAAUUCCUGAUGUAAAAUUUUUAAGGAAAUACUUCUCGAGAACAAAAAAGCUACUUCUCUUUUCUUUUUUUGACUCAUAGAGGCACUAAUUAUAGUACUGAAAAACUUAGAUGUAAGAUUGUUUUUUUCUUGUACUUUCCAGUGGGUUUCUUGAAGAGCUGCUAUCUGAAUUUGUUCCUUUUUUUAAAAUUCAAGUAUUGUAUAUCUUUUAAAUUGUGAAUUAAUCCCCUGUGCAUUAAUCGUUGCUAAUUUCAAAUUAUUUUAUAAAUCCUAUUUCCUUUAAUUGGAGGACUAAGAGGUUCACCAUCAUAACUAACAAACAUUUAAGACACCACAAAAUUGUACAUAUUCUGCCUUUUCUUAGGCCUAGACCUAUGUAUCUACUCCCUCCCUUGUCUUUCUCCUUUCCUGGAUCUCCCAUUGCCUCCAGAGGGGGGGGCAAGACAAAAAUAGCGAGAGAAAAAAACAAACAACACUAACUCUCUACUCAGUGUCGUAUAUAUCCCCAUUCUCUAAACUCGCAAAAGGUUUCAAUACCGAGAUCUGCGAGCUAGAAUACUCUCCUUGGCCAGGAGGAUUGCUAGUUGUUUGUCCACAAGAAGGAAAAAAAAAGAAAAAGAAAAAUAUCUUUCCUAUUUUCCUCUGUCUUUUCUUUUUACACCUCCCAAUUUAAACUUAAAUGUUUAGUCAUAGUCCCUCUUCCUUUCCUUAUUUGUUUAACUUUCAUAACCCUAUAUUAUUAAUUAAUGUAGUGCUUAUAUACUUCUAUGACAUUAAAUUUAUUUUGUGCCUAUAUCUUUCUCUGUUUGUGAUUCUAAUUAUUAGUGCAUAUAUUUAUUUUGUAAAUCAUUAAUUAGCAAAAGAGUGCAAAGUUAAUAUUAAGUCCAAUUCUCUUCAUUUCUGUUGUGAUCUCUCCUUUCUUUUAUCCUUUUAGCCUUUCCUUUUGUCUUGAAAAAGUGUUAACUUACUAGUGCAAUUCUAAUGUUUCUCAUCUGUAUUUCAUAUAAAAUGUCUUAUAUAAUCUUCUUACUUAUUUUCUAAUGUGCAAUCUCUAAAAAUAAAUAAAUAAAUAAAAUAACCUUUAACUCAUUCUUUUACUUAUCUUAUAUUCCCUUCUUGUAUCCAUUGUUCUAAUUUCUGCGGUUUAUCGAAGGUCAGCCUUUGAUUAUUAUAAGUUAGAUUUAUGCAUGUCGGAAACCCCCAUGCAUAUUUAAUUAAAUUUUUCCUGAGAGCUUCUGUCUGCCUGCUAAAUAAUUUCCUUUGGAGUCUCGUCUGGUAUGAGAGAUCUUGGAAUAUCUUGAUUUGCUGAUAAACUGACCCCUUUAGGUCUUUACUUGUCAUGGCCUUCAUAAUUUGCAUCUUAAAUCGAUAUGAUUGCAAGAAAAUAAUUGUAUCUCUCGGGACUUGAUCUGGUACAUUGCUGGGCUUAUAAGUUCUAUGACAUCUUUCCAUACUGCUUGUUCCACUUCUUAAAUUGAUCCCCAGAAACUUAAAAAACUCUUCACAGUAACCUUCUAAAUUUGUAUUUACUACAGUCUCCGGAAUACCCCUAAUUCGGAGGUUAUUUCUUCUAGAUCUAUCUUCUAGAUCUGUAAUCUUCUCUUUCAGGCUUUCCAAUUUUUCCUCUAUUUUAAUUAUUUUGUCAGUGGUACUUUUUUGUUGUAUAAUUAUUUGAUCCGUUUUAUCUUCUAGAGCUUCUACCCUUCUUCCUAUAUUUUGGAUCUCAUUUUUUAUUUCUCUAGACUGCAAGUUUAUUUCUUCCUUUAUUUCUUCUAACUGGAUCUCCAAACAUUUGGAUAAGUAGCCAGCUGUGAUAGAUACAUUCUCUUCCCAUGAAUUGUCUGACAUUGUUUUAUCUGUCUCAGCUUCUUUAGAGUCUAGUAAUGGUAAUGAUUCUUCUUGUAUAGAUUUAGUAUUAUUCCCUUUAUUUAGUUGGGGGGGAAAAAAACCUGAAGCCCUCCUUUCUGUAACUGUUUUUUUUUUUAUUUUUUAUUUUUUUAAAGCUCUGUUUACUGUCUUGUUUUUUUUUUUGAGGCCAUAUUUUAUAGGCUUUUUUCAGCCCUUUUAUUAUUUUUUUUCUUUUCCCUUUCUUUCUUAUAUUACGUUGUCUCUUUUUUUUUCUUUUUUUCUUUCCUUUUUUCCUUCUCUUUUUCCUUCCUUCUUUCUUUUAUUUCCCCUUCCCCCUUCUUCUUCCUCUUUUUUUCUUCUCCGCCUUUCCUUUAAUUUUUUGGCCCCUUUUACUCUUCCAGUAAAUAAACUAGUCCCAGCAAUAUACCAGGUUCAUUGAAUUUUCAGAAGACAGUUAUUAAAGUAUGUUAUAUUAAGAAGUUAUAGUAGUAGUAAGCUAUAAUUGCAGACCGUUAAUACACACUAAAUAAUAAGUAACUUCCCUUAUCUUAGUGCCUUAGUGCCUAAUUAUAACAUAGGUGUUUAUCAACCAGCCAGUGUACUUAUCCAUUUCUCUGUUCCAAGAGUCCACAGAGGUCACUCCCCUAUCUCUUCUGCAACUAUCAGAGAAAGACCUAUAGGUCUUUUGCUUUUUCAACUAUGCAGGCAGGCAUCGGCUUCCUCUUCGUUCCCUCUCGGUUUCUCUUGCUAACCCUGCACCGCGACAAUCGCUGGGUUGGUCCUGACGGCUUCCCUCAUAAUGCCCUUCCCCACUCAGUGUCUCCAAUCCUCUGGCCAAGGGGAAAAAAAAAACCCGCGAGACGCGGCAUGCUUCCGUGAGCGCAUCUACAUCAUCUCCCUCAAUGGUAUUUGACCAAUUUCACUUAAUUUCACCCCUCAUUAUCCCACUACAAUUGGGAUGAAAAGCAAAAUUUUCCUUAGUCUUAAUGCAUGUGGCUAGCUAAAAAUAAUCUAAGUUAAAGGUUCUCAGAUCUACCUGUGGGCUAUCACACUAUAACAAUAUAUAUUUCCUCAUAUAAAUAUGUUUGCUUUUGUUUUGUAACACUAACCAGUGUUCAAAAUAAUAUCAUAUUCAUGACACACUUUAUAAACAUGAAAGACUUAAGGCAUUAUAUUUGAUAUGCUUUAAAGUGAAAUUUGCCAUUGUCUCACAGAUCGUAUGUUGGUUUUUUUAAAUUAUUCUUCCUUUGAAAAAGAGAAAUGUAUACACUUCUUAGCAGACAUCUGUAGUAUCAAGUUGGAUUUUACCUUUCCUAUAUUUAGUGUUACCAGAAAACUUGAUUACUAAACUAUACACAUAUAGUGUAGAGCUUUGUGGUUUAUUUUUCUGUAUGUAGGUCAAUAGCUGCAAGACAUUUAUGCAACAUUGGGUCGUGCUAUUGAAACUCAUGUUGAUAAAACAUAAUAAGACUCCGUACAAAUUUACACACCUAUUAGGCUAAUCAUACUCAAUAAAAAUGAAAAAAGAGCUACCUUGACUUUUGUAUUAAUUGAUUAUAAUGGAAUUAUAUGUAAAGUACAACAUGACUUUAAUGGUUAAUGUCAUAUAGAUAAUAUGCAGUGAUCAAUGCUAUUUACUAAAAUAAUGGUUAUAAAUUUAAUUGUUUAAGGGAAUAUGUUUGACAUUUUUAAGUAUGUUUAUUUUUAAAAUAUUUAAUGAAAUUGUAUAACUUCUUAUUUUCUAGGGAGAAGAUCCUAAUGCUACGCAACAUGGCUUUUUCAGUUAUACUAAUACUUCUUAUUAUAUCAUCAUCUGAAAUGAGUGAGUCUGAAUUUUCAUUGAUGAAUUCUUGUAAAUCACUUUGCUUUUGUGAGGAAAAGGAUGGCACACUGUUUGUGAACUGUGAAGGAAAACAUUCUGUUGAAUUAAUGGAGUUAACCAUACCACCAUCUCAAUAUUUGGAUAUUAAUCUCAUGAAUAGUGGUCUGUAUAAGCUGCAUAAGGAUGAAUUUUCAAGCUUUAGUAACAUCAUAUCACUUCACCUUGGAUUUAAUUAUAUCGAAGAUAUUGAACCAGGAGCAUUUAAUGACCUCCGUAUCCUUAAAAAACUUCACAUUAACCACAAUUCAUUAGAGAUACUUAAGGAAGACACUUUUAUGGGACUGGAAAAUUUGGAGUUUCUUCAAGCAGACAACAAUUUUAUUACUACCAUUGAAGUCAAUACAUUUAGCAAACUUAACAGGUUAAAAGUGCUAAUACUCAAUGAUAAUGCCAUUGAUUUCUUACCUGCAAAUGUUUUUCGCUUUGUACCCUUGACACACUUAGAUGUAAGAGGAAAUCAGUUGCAGACUUUACCAUAUGUUGGUCUUUUAGAACACAUAGGAAGAAUAAUAGAGUUCCAGAUCGAUGACAAUAGAUGGGUUUGUGACUGUGAAUUGUUACAGUUGAAGAUCUGGCUGGAAAACUUGCCUCAGCAAUCAACAGUAGGUGAUGUUGUAUGUUAUAAUCCUCCACAUUUGAAAGGGUCUAUUCUGAGAAAAUUAAAAAAAGAAAUGAUCUGUUCUACAUAUCCUAACAAUGAGCUCAUAGACUCUUCUGGACCAUUAUCGCUUAUUGGCACAGCUUCAGUCAUUGAUAGCCAUUCUCCAACAAAGAUAACAUCAGUUCAGAAAUCUCCUACAAAGGAAACCAUAUUUGCUUUUCCUAAAUCACCUACUCUGCUCCCAGACACACAUUGUCCAAUACCGUGUCACUGUUCUAGUCACACAUCAUCAGGAACUUUAAUCCAUUGCCAAGAACGUAACAUUGAAAGUGUGUCUGAUCUUGGGUCACCACCACAAAAUCCAAGAAAACUAUUUCUGGCAGGAAACAUAAUUCACAUGCUUUAUAAAUGGAACUUUAUUGAAUAUGGAAGCCUAGAAAUGCUUCAUUUGGGAAAUAACCACAUUGAAAUCAUUGAAGAAGCAUCCUUCCUAAAUUUGACUAAACUAGAAAAGCUGUAUUUAAAUGGCAAUCAGUUAAGAAGUUUAAAUGCAGGCAUAUUUAUUGGACUGCCAAAUAUUGAAUAUUUGUUCUUGGAAUAUAAUGCCAUCAAAGACAUUUUACCUGGAACAUUUUCAUUAAUGCCAAAACUUAGAGUUCUUUAUUUAAACAACAAUCUUUUGCAUACACUGCCAGACUACAUUUUUGCUGGUGUUCCCUUAGCAAAAUUAAAUCUUAAAACAAAUCAAUUUACAAUUUUCCCAAGUAAUGUAUUAGAAGACCUAAACUGGUUAGUACAGUUUGAACUUCAAGACAAUCCUUGGAACUGUAAUUGCAAUUUAGUUGAGCUUAAAAUCUGGAUACAAACGCAUAAACAUGCCAUUGUCAGUGAGAUUUUGUGCAAUGCCCCAAAAGAGCUGAGUAAAAUGGAUUUAAAAUCAUUACAUACGGAAACACUGUGCACAGAGUUCAUAAACAAUCAACAGAUUCCUACACAGUUAACUUUUAUCAACCAAACCUCUCCAAGUACCAUACCCAGUCAAGUUGAUAAUAUAUUAAAAUCACUUUCUGAUUACAUACCACUGUCUGUCUUGAUUCUUGGUCUCCUUAUAUUUUUAAUUACAGCUGUCCUCUGCUCUGCUGGAAUAAUUGUUCUUGUUUUACAUAAACGUCGCAGACACAAAAAGAAACAGGAAAAUGGAAACAUUAGAGAAACCAGUCCCGUCCAUAUUCAAUACAGUAUGUACGGCCAUAAAACCACACAUCAUACAACAGAACAACCAUGCUCAACUCUUUCUGAGCAGCAACUUACAAGUCCUGCCAUUCAGGUUUAUCAGAGUCUGCCAUUUAGCCAUAAACAAUCUGAACAAGAAAUAGAUGACGACAAAGAUGUCACAGACCCCCAAAAAAUGUAUAGAGGUCUUUUCAAUGAAGAAAGUAAUCCAAUGUUGGCUAAUUUAAAUAUGAAAUUCGGUGGCAAAGAUCAUUCUGCAGAAUUUCUGCCUUUCCAUGAUGCAAGUUAUUUGUACAGAAACAUAAUUGAAAAAGAAAAAGAAAUUCAACAGCUUGGAAUUGCUGAAUAUUUAAGGAAAAACAUCAGUAAUUUACAACCAGAUACUGAAGUACAUUAUCCAAGAACUCGCGAUGAGUUAAAAUUAAUGGAAACAUUUAUGUAUUCUAGACCACGGAAGGUUUUGGUAGAGCAGACUAAAAAUGAAUAUUUUGAGCUUAAAGCCAAUCUCCAUUCUGAACCGGACUAUUUGGAGGUCUUAGAACAACAGACUUAAACCAUCAUGACACAUUUUAAGAAGCUAUCAACUAUUUUGUUGCAAUGUAAAGUGCCUCACUGACUAGAUCAUUAAAACCAACAAAUAAAACAUAGCAGAUCUCAGGGAUACAUGUGCACAGAUGUACAGUGCCUUCCACUAAUAUUAGCACCUUUGGUAAAUAUGAUCAAAGAAUGAUGACAAAAAUAUUUUUUUAGAAUUUUUAUUGUUUAAUCUUUUGAUCUUUUUUUUCAUAAAAUACACAAAAAUACUCUGCUCUCAUGGAUGUCAAACAAUUGCAAACACAACACAGUUUUUUUUUAUUAAAAAUAAUUGUUAAAUAUAUAUGCACACAAUUAUUGGCACCCUUUUAGUCAAUACUUUGUGCCACCUCUCUUUGUCAAGAUAACAGCUGUGAGGCGGACAAUACAUGUCAAGAGAUCUGAGACUAUUCCUCCAUACAGAACCUCUCCAGAUUUUGAGGUCAACGCUGGUGGACUCUCUUUUUCAGUACACCCCAAGGUUUUCUAUAGACUGGAAUGGCCAUGCCAGGACCUUGAUUUUGUGGUCAGUAAACCAUUUUUGUGUUUUUUGAUGUGUUUUCUGAAUCAUUGUCCUGCUGGAAGAUCCAACUAUGGCCCAUUUUAAGCAAACCUACCUCUAUUUUUUGUUUUUUUCUAACCAUAGAACGCAAUCCCAUUUAAUGUUCUAGUAGUGUCUUGCAAACUGAAGACACUUGAUUUUUUUGGAUGAGAGUAGUCUUUUUUUUCUUGAAACCUUUCCAAACAACUUGUGGUGAUGUAGGUGAUGUUAGACUGAAGUUUUGGAGACUUUCUAACCCCAAGAUGCAACAAACUUCUGCAGUUCUCCUGCUGUGAUCCUUGAAGAUUUUAUGGCCACAUGAACCAUAUUCUUCACAGUGCAUUGAGACAACAUAGACACAUGUCCACUUUCAGAUUGAGUCAUAACGUUUCUAGUUAACUGGAACUUCUUAAUGAUUGCUUUGAUGGUGUAAAUGGGCAUUUUCAAUGCGUUUGCUAUUUUCUUAUAGCCACUUCCCAUUUACUGAAGUUCUUAAACCUUUUUUUGCACAACACAGCUAAGUUCAUUGGUCACAUUGUAAGGAAUAACUGAGGAAAUUUUGCCAAUGCGUUACCUCAUAUUUAUACACCUGAAAAAUCUUCAGGAAAAUCUUCAGGUGUAUUUUUAUCAUAUUAAUUCAUAGUGGUGCCAAUAAUUGUUUCACACAUAUAUUUAACAAAGAUUUUUUUUUAUACGCCUGUGUUGUGUUUGCAAAUGGUUUAUAGACGUUGAUGAGAGCAGAGUAUUUUUUGUGUAUUUUUUUAAACAAAAGGUCAGAAAGUUGAACAAUAAAGACUUAUUUUCACAGCCUUCUUUGCUCAUAUUUACUAAGUGUGCCAAUAUUAGUGGAGAGCACUGUGUAUUCAAUUUAAGAACCUUUGCUCUCUAUACAAGAAGUUGUCCUUUUUUUAAAAUAUAUAUAUUUACAUUUUGUAGAAAGAAAAAAAUCAAGUAUGCAUAAGACUUUGAAAAUAUUAACUGGGUUAAAGUAUAUUUGUUGGAAAUUCUAAGUGCACCAAUUGAUGUGUCUAUACCCUUUGUUGAUGCUUAUAAUCUUCAGUAGCAACAUGUACUAUGCUUGUACGAUACCACUUGGACAUUCAGAUUUUGUCAGUAAGUAUAUUAACCAAACACUCAAAAGCAAUUCACGUCUCACAUUUAGGCUUGUAAUAUAACAGAUUUUAUCAUUUGUAAAUAAGUGUUAUAGGAUUACAAGGUAAACUUGGAUUUGUGGAAACUAUAUUUUUCAUUGUAGGCAAAAAUAGCUGGAGCUGAAAUAGUCUUUAUGUGAACUAUUUUUCCAGCUCUGCUGUUUUAACAUAUAAUAUGCAGGUCAUGUGUCAAAAACACCACAAUUCCCAACUUAUUAAGAAAAAACAAAAAACACAAUACUGAUUAUUAUAUAUAUAUAUAUAGAUAUAUCAUCAUAAAGCACUGGCUAUUGAUUUUGUCACAAGAUUCAUCAGUAAAAAUAUGUUGAUAAAAAAACACUGAAAAUUAUUAAAAGUUUAAUGCUGUUUUAGUUUUGCAAAACUAACAAAACGGCUUAUCAAUGGAACCAGAAAAUUUAGUUUUUUAGGUUUUUUUGAUUAAUCAUAUAUCCUUGAAAAUUAAAAGUAUGGUAUGACUUAAAAUGAUAAAUUAGGGCUCAGUAAACCCUAUUCGUUUUUUUAAACAAACUGUCAACUCACCGUCACGUUUUGUUUAUUAUGCAAAAGCUUAAUAUACUUUUAUGUCUUGAAAAACAACACACCUUGUAAUUUAGUUAUAUAUGCACUUUAAGCUUUAGGUAGAGAUAAAUAUUCAAUUGUCAGAAUAUUAAGUCUUUAUUUUAAACAUAUUGUAACUUUUGAAGAUUUGCCAAUUUGUGAAUGCAUUACACAGAAGGAUAUUUGUUGUGAGUGAUUGCAAAGUACUGCACUAAAGAAUUAUUUUACAAAAUCAUAUACAGUGAAUUUUAUCAAUUAUUUAUUUCUUGCAAAUUGUACAUAUAUAUCUGCUCACAAAACUUUUGUACUUGGAGUGCCUUGAAAGACUUUUAAGAAAAUAAUAAACAUGUUUAAUUUAAAGUAAUUUCCUAUUUUUUUGUGGUAAAUUAACUGAAUGCUUACGUGAAUGUGAAUCUGUAACCCAUUAAGAACAUAGCUUCAGUUUGCUUGUUUUGUAGUUAAGGACUCAAGCUAUUUUUGCUUUGUGUGUGUUCUACCGCAAUGUCUAUCUUUCUCAUUUAUUGCACCAACACAUAUUAUAUACUGCUCUUUAAAGGACAAACAAGACUUUACUUUGUUGUGACUUAUAGAUAUAAAUUCUCAUUUAUUAUGAAAAAAAAAUGCAAAUCUAAAUGGAAAAAAAAAUCACACUUUUGGCAAUAAUAAUGUGUGCAUAAUUAGUGUGACUUAACGUGAACCCAUCAUGCAAAUUUUCACUUACCUGACAGCGAACCCUUAUACAUUGAAUACACAAUAUAUCACAAAGGUAGUAAAAUAUAGAGAUUUACUACCUCCAGGCCAUCCUCCGCUUUGCAUCCUCCCGCUGUCCUCUUUGAUUGUCCUGCUUGCAAAACAAGCAGGGCAAAGCCCAUUAAUAACAUCGGCACACUGCCUUAGUUGCCAACGUGCAGCACUGGAACGGACUGAUGUCACAUCACCCCGUUCCUAUACUCAAUAGCCAGCACUGGCUGGGAUGUUUCCAUAACAACCACAGUGUUGUUGUAUUCCAGUAGCAGUUACAGGCCACAAAAUAAAAGGAGUAAAAAAAAAAAUCAACGUGAAUCUAUUUUAAAAUUUGGUUUAUUUAUUUUGCAAGUUUAAUAGCAACAGAAAACCCCCCACAAAAUUACAGACUGAUAAAUAAUGGUAUUUUUACACUUUUUACAUAGCCAUCUAAGUGCCAGUAAUGUGUGUUUGUUUGUUUUUUGCUUAGUUUAUUUGCUACAUAAACAAUUUUUUUUGCAUUGUAUUUCAUAAACCAGAUAUGUACUGUUGUGUGCUGCUACAUAUUCUGAGUACUACAAUACAACCAAUGUAUGCCUUUACCACUAUCCUGUGAAGCUAUAGUGCCAUAUAACAGACUUGACUAUUUCAAUUAUUAUAGUUAGAAUUUUUGUAGGUAGAUUUAAUUGGACUAUUUUGCAUUUUGUGGCAUUAUAGCAGUUUGACAGUUACCCCUUAAACGCAUACACACCAUGCAAUGUGUCAUAUGGUAUAUUUUGAGCCUAAUUGUACAGUCAAUUUAACUAGCUUUUUUCAACGUUUAUGGUAUUAUGUUAUUUUUGUGGGGGGUGUUGCAUGCACAUUGCAAAGUAGCAAUAUUUUUUUUUUUACUUCGUUUGUGCUGCUGUAAUAAAAAUAAUCACUCAAUUGUGCACAGCUAUAUCUCUUGACUACAGACUGACCUCUUUCACAUAUCUUUGUCAAGCUUUGACAAGUAAAAAUAUAAUGCCAAACUGAUAACAUACCAGUGCAGUUUGUUUUUUUUAACAUGAAAAAUUGAAGAAUGGAUCUGUAGUGCAUUUAGGGAAAUUACGGUACCUCACACAUUUAAAUUACUCCAUUAAUGCAUACCAUUUCAAAUGUGGACACCUUGGG